UGUUUCUCCCACGGUGACAUGUCUCAAGAAAUGCCUGUUGCAUUACUUCGUUUUCACUUCCUAAAAUUUAAAUCAGCGAAGGUAGUUUUUGUUUUUAAUUAAUAAUGACAGUUUUUCUAACAUUAUUGUAUUUUUUUUAUUAUUAUAAUUGAUGUUAAUGAUCUCGUGCAGGCGCGGGUGCAGCUGGGGUCUUGCGGUUGGAAAAAGCGCCAAGUCCUGCGCACAUUGCGUGGUUGAUCAAAUGGUUAUACAAAUAUACUAUGAAAUUGAAUAAGCUAUCGCAGAAAUCGAAAAUAAAGUAUAACAUGACUCGGUAAGUGUGGAGCGCUGUUGUGUUGGCUGUAUCAUCAAUUACUAAAUUCGGUCGAAGAUGCCCAGCCUACAGGGCGAUGCCGCGGCUCUUGGGAGCCCCAUCAAAAAGAGCAAACUCUCUCUGAAGUUUUUCCAGAAGAAGGAGACGAAGCGAGCCUUGGACUUCUCCGAACCUCAAGUAGAGGAACCAAAACCAGUCAGAGUUAAAUCUGAGGAGCCUACAAGCUGUGACCAGGUUGUGCCAAUCCCACUGCCUGGACCUGCCCCGUGUCCAACCUCUCCCAUCUGCCCCAGUGACAAGGGAGAGGAGACGCUGGUGCCCUUUGUUGGCCUCAAUAACCUGGGGAACACCUGUUACCUGAACAGCAUUCUACAGGUAUUGUACUACUGUCCUGGGCUCAGAGAUGGCAUCAAGAACCUCUACAGUUUGUCCAAAACAAGGGACAAGCAAAAGGAAGAGGCUGCUAAUAGUGAUGAGCAGACGGGGGGUCCAGAGGAGGCGGUGCCAGUGCACAUGGAACUGCUGGGUAGUUUCCACAGUCUGAUCACCUCGGUAGAGCAGCUCCAGUCCAGCUAUCUGCACAACCCUGACAAGUACAGUGAUGGGGAGCUGGCCACACCUCCACGCAAACUACUAAACACACUCAGACAGCUGAACCCCAUGUACGAAGGCUACCUACAGCACGAUGCCCAGGAGGUGCUGCAGUGCAUCCUGGGAUACAUCCAGGAGGCCUCUGAGACCAUCAGGAAGGAACAGGAGGACCAGGACGAUGUCAUAGAGGUCAAGCAAGGCAGUUCCGCCCCUGUGGGCACCAACGGGGCUUCAACAGAGGAGCAGGCCCAAACUUCAGAAACAUCACUUGAUGAUGAUGAUGAUGGCCAAACCAGUGGUAAGAGGAAGAGCGAUACAGAGGCAGGCAACGCCAAGAAGAAGCCAAAAUCCGUCAAGUCCAAGAAUGCUGCUGCUGUUGCAGCCAACGAUGGCAAACCCCUCACCCGCUCCAAGAGGAAGUCUACAGGUGGCAUCACUGUAGUGCCAAAAGACAAAGGUGAAGAAGAGGGGGAGAAAAAGCAGGGAGAGGAGGAAAGUUAUGUGGAGGGGAGAGGAGAGGUGGAGGUGGCCCCUAAAGAGGUGGAGGUUAAGAGGAAGAAGAGGCCCAAGUUGAGCUGGCUGAGGCCCUCGGGGAAGCAGCCCAGUAUCUUCUCUAAGUUCAUGAGCAUGGGACGGAUCAGCUGCCACACAGGAGGGAAGACCGAGACAGCCAAACCUGACCAGGAGGAGACGGGUCCUAGCCAACCUCAGGAGAAUGAUGGUGGGGAACACGGGAAGAACCCUCAGGAGAAGGUAACAGAAGUGCCCGAGGAGGAGAAAGCUAAAAGUGAAGAGUGCCUGGGUGUGGACUUGAUGGAGCAUCUGUUCCAGGGCUGUCUGGUGUUGAGGACGCGUUGUCUGGAGUGUGAGUGUUACACCGAGAGGAGAGAAGACUUCCAGGACAUCAGUGUCCCAGUGCAGGAGGAAGAACUCUGCAGCCCAGACAGCAGCUCAGAGGUCUCCCCUGAUCCCAAACCGGUGCUGAAGACUCUGAAGUGGGCCAUCUCCCAGUUUGCCUCAGUGGAGAGGAUUGUAGGGGAGGACAAGUACUUCUGUGAGACCUGCCACCACUACACAGAGGCUGAGAGGAGUCUCCUGUUUGAUAAAACCCCAGAGGUCGUUACUAUCCAUCUCAAGUGCUUCUCAGCCAACGGGUUAGAGAUGGACCCGUACGGCGGCCUCUCAAAGGUGAACACACCCCUACAGACCCCGCUGAAGCUCUCUCUGGAGGAGUGGUGCACGCACCCCUCAGCCACUGCCACCGGAGGGCAGCACUACCAGCUGUUUGCUGUGGUCAUGCACAGCGGGGUCACCAUCUCCAGCGGACACUACACCACUUACAUCAGGAUGAUGGACCUUAAGGACACCAAGGUCCGCCUGCCCGAGGGGGAUGAGAAGCAGGGAGAAGAGGAGUGUGGCGGGAAAGUGCCGGGUCUGGAACCCAAAGAAGAGAUGCUGGAUUAUGACGAUGGGGAAGUGUCCUUCAGUCUCCGUGGUAAAGCAGGACAGAGUGGUUCUGUGAAUGCUAACUCCACCAACACCAGUAAGAUGGGCUCCAAGAAGGCUUCAGAUGGGGUAGGACUUCUGGGGGGUCAGAGGAGCCUGUCCAGCUAUGACCUAGGGGGCAACAAGCAGACAACCAACCCAGACAAAGCUGCCUGUACUGGGGUAGAGAGCAACGCCACCAGAUCAUCCAGACGCACCUCCAGUGCCCCGGGACACAGCGGUAGUGGAGGGGUUAAGAAGGAGCCUGGGGAGGGAGAGGGGGGCGAGGAGGCCUCUGUGGCUGGGUGUGAAGGGGUUGGGGUGGCUACGGAGCAGGCCCUAAGCAGCCUGCUGCAGUAUGAAGGGAAGUGGAUGCUGUUUGAUGACUCUGAGGUGCAUCUCUUUGAGGAGGAGGACUUUCUGAGAGCCUGUUCUCCAGAAACCUGCUCCACAUCUACCCCAUAUCUUCUGUUCUAUAGGAGGGUAUGAAACUUAUGUAUGUUUGUGGGUGAAUUAAGUAUUUUCCUUGAUUCCUCUCUCCUUACCUCUUUCUCAAAUGUCAUAGGGAAGUGUCGAGAGCAUUGGAAAUUAUCUCCUGAGGUUUUGAGAACGAGUCAACUUGAGAUUCAGCCUGGUUGGCUUGCUGGGUUUGAUACUCCUGUCACUGAUGUUUAUAACCUGUAUAUGUCAUUUUAAAAUGUUUAAUAUUCAGUUUAUCCUUUUGUGUGCUGAGGAUAUAACAUUAGCAGUCUACAAAAAUGCAUCUUGGUACGUAUGACAUCAAGCAACCUGUCCUUUGAUUUUCCUGCCCUCUUGUUGGAAGUGGUCUGAAUGGAAAGUACAAAGUUUCUCCCUGACACAAUUUUUUGGGGGUUUCAGAUUAUUUUUUUAAUAAAGAGCACCUUUUUAUUCUUGUACAUCUUUAUCCUGUUCUGGCUUCAUGCCUUCUGUCCAGGAGAGAAAUGUCUGUUGAUUAAUGUUCAUACUGUUGGUCUGUCAGAAAUAAGAGGACUAGUUUUGUCCAUAAUGUUUAAGUUCACUUAGAUUCAGAUAAACUGGCCGUCUGGUUCUUGGUGGAAGAACUUUUGCACGUGAAGAGAAAUAAAUUACUUCUCUUGGUUGAUAUAAUUUUGUACAAGGUUUAAUAAGUGAAUGAAAGCAGUGAUGAAAUACCUAGCCAAUAAGAUAGACAAUCGCUUUACAAAAUGCUAGUACAACAUUGCAGAGCUGUUAGUCUCAGAUUUGAUAUGUAUAGAGGGGGAAGUAGACUGUUGUUUUGGCUUCAGGGAUUGUCUACCCUAGGGCUCUAUUCAAUUCGGAACGCAGAAGUUCAGCUUUACAGCGUGAUUGAAAUUUAAAGGCAAUGUUCCUGCUUUAGUGGAGACUGCAUUCACGGUAGACGCUGCGGAUGUCUGCUCAAUGGGAAAUGACCUUUAAAUGUAUAUCGCGGAAUCUAACGUUUCAGUUUUACAGAUUGAAUAGAGCCCCUAGUCUUGGCUUUUUCCUCGGUUGGUUUUCUCCUGAAGUUGUGCAGUUUCGUUCAAUGGCAGUACCUCAUUCCAGUGAAAAAGGUCUGUGGCAAUACUGUCUGACUUACAGAGCAUACCUAGAAUGAUAAAGUACUAUACAAGCAAUAAAGUUUGAACUUUCAUGUCAAACUGACUUUCUAUUCAUCCUUUCCCUGCUGUAAAGUGUUAUAGAUUUAAAAUAAAUGGUUUGGGUUUGAAACCAGGAAAGUAGUUACUUUUUAAUGUGAAUAAUUCCCACUCCUGCUAUAAUUUGUAGAUUAUCUUGUACAUGUAAUAAAACACCAGCACAUGCAAAGCACUUGUGUGCAUUUCCAAAUGUUAUUUAACCAAUCGACAAGGUGAUUGUCAAAUGUCACCAUGGCUAGUUUAACAGACCACAAUGGUUUAUUUAUACAUUUAAUGUAUUAUUGGUCUGUACUUGGCAUCUUUUUGGGGGGGGGGGGGUUGUAUUAAUUUCAAAUAUAUUUCAUCUUAUA